AUGACUGCCCCAGACAAGCUGGCUCCGCCGAGGAAGACGGACGACGCAGACCCCGGCGCUCACGACCUAGAAUCAUCUGAUUCAGAAGAUCAUUUCUCCGAUGCGAAAUCCGCCCCGACCAGCCCCUCCCCGAACUCUCCAGUGCCCAGAACCAGAGUUGAAAAGGUGACGACCGAUCCUGCCUACGGCGAAACUCCCGGAACCGAGGCCUACCGCAAGCGGGAAGGCGACGCCGAGCCCGACGAGAUCGCCGUCAUCUCAGAGGAGAUACCGGAGCCUUCUCCCGCGCCCUCUACGCCUCCAGAGGUUCCCCUUACUAUUGUGACCGAAUCCACUGGCGCAACCGGGCCGCAUUCCCCCUUGUUUAAAGAGAGGCUGGCAAAGGAACAGAAAGCGGAUGCAACUCCUGAUAUUGUGUUGAGACCCGAUGAGGAAGCAGAAGGCGCGCAGGGUAAUGCUGUAGUGUCUAAAGACUCUCCCGCAAAUGCCGAUGGCAACGAAUCUGUAGAUACCUCAAUACCACUACCAAAUCUAAACCUUCCAAGUCCGUCGGCUCCUGAAAAGGAUGUAUGGUCUACACAAUCAAUAAGCGAGCCAGGCUCGCCAGAUGAUGACGAGGGACAAAAAGGAGAUGAAGGCCAAGAUAAUGGCGAGGACGACUUUGGUGAUGACUUCGGGGAUGACUUUGAUGACUUCGAGGAGGGAGCUGAAGACGCCGACUUUGACGAUUUUGAAGACGGCUUUCAACGGGCAGAACCAACGCCCGCGCCAGUACCAGUCGCGCCCGCUGCGGUCCCCCCAUCACCUACCGUCAUAUUACCUUUCUCUGUUCCGGACUUUGAAGGAUUAGAACCCGACGAGGUUACUGAAGCACUCGAUCCUUAUAUUCAUUACCUCUUUCCUCCAGAAGAUUACGAUACCCCCCAACUACCUCCCGUUUCGAAAGAUCAACCUGUCUUCCUAACCGCUAGAAGCGCAUCACUUUGGUCCCAAUUGGUUGCACCUCCCCCCCUAUCUCCCCCAGAUUGGAUUCGAUCCCGUAUCAGGAGAUUGUUUCUAGUGUCACUCGGCGUCCCGGUCGACUUGGAUGAGAUCCUCCCGGCUUCGAAGCAAAAGAAGCUUAUACUCCCAUCACUAUCUCUUCGCCCCGGAUCGGCAGCCUCCCCGCGAACGUCUACCGAUUCCCGGUCUGUGAAUCGCUUAAAACAGAGCGGCAACAAUGCAUCAUCCACAUCCGUUGACUCGCAAGGGAAGCCUUCUACCUCACAACGACGCAAAGGACCGCCCCCCGAACCAGAUCUUAACCUCGUGGCAGCAAAACAGCUGUGUACGACGACGGACGAGGCCCUGGACGGAAUGACAAACGAGGAGCUCAAGACCCAUCUUGAGAGGCUCACGCAACUCGAAGCCAAGGCCAAGGAGGCACUAGAGUACUGGCAAAAACGGACUGAUGAAAAGAUUGGCGACAGAGAAGCGUUUGAGGGAGUGAUAGAAAAUUUGGUCAAGCAUGCUAGAAAGGUUAGGAAAUAA